AUGUUCCUCCCCGGUCGCCCCAUCCUCUCCUCCUCUCCUCCCUCCUCCUCCUCCACCUCCUCUCCCUCCUCUUCCUCCUCUUCCUCCCCGUCGUCGGAGGAUCAACCGUCGUCUCAGUCAUCGAUCGAGUUUUCUUCUGCCCGAGCUGCCCUAGCAUCUCCACUUGCAAUUGCAUUGUUCCGCAUUGAUGGUGUAGCUCGAGUGUUCCUGGGAGGUGACUUUGUGACUGUGACUAAAACGGAGGAGAGCUCCUGGGAUCUCCUCAAGCCGGAAAUUUUCGCUGCCCUGAUGGAAUUUUUUGCCUCUGGGCAGCCGGUGCUGAACCCCCAAGCAGAGGCGGCAGCAGCUAGUGGGGAGCAACAACCAGCAGAGGACGAGAGUGAGACGGUGCUGAUGAUAAGGGAGCUGCUGGAGACGCGCAUUCGGCCGGCAGUGCUGGAGGACGGAGGGGAUAUUGACUUUGUUGACUUUGACGAGGCCACGGGUAUUGUGUAUCUGCGCAUGAAGGGCGCCUGCAGUGGCUGCCCGAGCUCCUCUGUGACUCUAAAGAGCGGGGUCGAAAACAUGCUCACACACUACAUCCCAGAGGUUAAUUCAGUGAAGGAGGUUAUGGAAGAGGCAGACUGA